GUUAAAAAUGUUAGUAAAGUUAAAUUUUGAAAGUAACAUUUACGUUUCUGAUGGCACGUAGUCUGUCGAUGUCGUCAAUAGUGGGAAACGUGUUCUAUCAUCGUAAUAAUCUGCGAUAAUAAUUUAUUAUCGGUUUCGAACGUGAUCGAAAGUCACACCAGUGAGCUCAACUAUGAAAGACAAAUCCAGUGGAAAUAUGUUCACCUUACUGAUGCUGUUCACUGUGUUCCUACCUUCUAUUGUACACAGCAAUUAUUUUGGAUCAAACAAUGAAAAAAACGACCAGUGUUUCUGCAAGUUGAAAGGGUCUAUUGAUGACUGUAGCUGCAAUGUGGACACAGUGGAUUAUUUUAAUAACAUGAAGAUAUAUCCAAGACUUUAUAAAGUAAAUUUGAAGCAGGAAUGUCCUUUUUGGACUGAUGACAGUAAAUGUGCUAUGCGAUAUUGUCAUGUGCAACCAUGUCAAGAUGAAGACAUUCCAGAUGGAUUGAAAGGAGAUACAUUAAAAAAUAUUCACUUUAAUGAAAGUCCUGCAGAUAAAUAUAAAGUCAAAGCUCAACUACAUGAUUGUUUACGUAGUGUUAAUGAUCAUAACAAAGAACUUGGAUAUUUAAACACAACGAUCAGUUCAGAAAAUUACAAAGAUUUCAAAUUGUGGAAACAAUAUGACGAUGCUCAAGAUAACUUCUGUGUAAAGGAAUCUAGUCCUGGAGAAUAUGUCGAUCUCUUACUUAACCCUGAAAGAUAUACAGGCUACAAGGGACCCAGUGCACAUAGAAUAUGGCGCACUAUUUAUAUGGAAAAUUGUUUUAGACCUGAAAAUUCUCCUCAUAAUUUUAUUCGGUCUUCAAAAAUAAAUGGAAUGUGUUUGGAAAAACGAGUUUUUUAUCGUGUUAUCUCAGGUCUUCAUGCUAGUAUCAAUAUUCAUUUAUGUUCGAAAUAUUUAUUGUCAAUGAAAGAUAGUCUGGAAAUAAUACCUAGUGGUCAGUGGGGUCCUAAUUUACAAGAGUUUCAAGCAAGAUUCGCACCAGAGCGCACUGGAAGUGAAGGUCCAAAUUGGUUAAGAAAUUUGUACUUUACUUACCUUCUAGAACUAAGGGCUCUAGCCAAAGCUGCGCCAUAUUUAGAACGGGAAGAAUAUUAUACUGGUAACAGAGUGCAAGAUAAAGAUACACGUCUAGCGAUAAAUGAUAUUUUAAAUGUUGUUAGGUCAUUUCCGGACCACUUUAAUGAAAGUGUUAUGUUUACUGGUGGAGCUGAGGCUCAACUGUUGAAAGAACAAUUUAGGCAGCAUUUCAGAAAUAUCUCUCGUAUUAUGGAUUGCGUAGGCUGUGACAAAUGCAAACUUUGGGGAAAACUUCAAAUACAAGGAUUGGGUACAGCAUUAAAAAUUUUAUUCUCGGGAAAAUUUGAUAGAUGGGAACCAACGUUACAUAAUUUCAGCAGAAAACAAUUCUUUUUAGAAAGAAGUGAAAUUGUUGCUCUUAUAAAUAGUUUAGGAAGAUUAUCGGAAAGUAUUUUCGAGUUGGAUAAAUUUAGACAAAUGAUGAGAUAGCAGGGUAAUAAUAUAUAAUUAAUUAAUAACGUUGCUCUCAAAAAACA